CUCCUCGGCAUCUCCCCGCCAUGUCUGUCAGCCAGCGCGCAGUGCAUCACGGGACAUGUAGUCCUCCACAGCCCAGACUCCUACAGUAAGCGGCUCGCAGGACUACAAUUCCCGUGACCGCUUGCGGGCAGUACUGCGGGAGAAGCGAGGAUCCUGAUUGGCUGGUGGAGGGGGUGCGCCUUAAAGGGCCAGUGACCGUUUUAUUUUCAGUGGACGGCUGACAUUUGAAGCGUAUUAUAAUGCCUCGGGCUAAGAGGAAGCGAGCAUCGUCUGAGAAUUCCACAGAACCAGCAGCCGAAGCAGGUGAUAAGGAGGUGGAAAAGACUGUGACGAGCGGCGCCAUCACCGCUAAAAAUAAAUCUGCGCAGAAGACGGGCGAGCCAGAGGAAUACGCACACUGGCUGGUAAAAUCUGAGCCGGAGAGCAGGAUGGACAAAGGGAUAGAUAUGAAGUUCGGAAUCGAGGAUUUGAAGAGUCAGCCUAAUCAGACUGCCUGCUGGGAUGGAGUCAGGAACUAUCAGGCAAGAAACUUCAUGAGAAAAAUGAAGACUGGGCAAAAAGUCUUCUUCUAUCACAGUAACUGUAAGGAGCCCGGCGUUGCGGGCGUGGUGAAGAUUGUAAAAGAAGCCUACACGGACCACACACAGUUUGAUCCAAAAAAUCCACAUUAUGACUCCUCGAGCAGCCGGGACAACCCCAGAUGGUUCAUGGUGGAUGUGCAGUUUGUCCGGAUGCUGAACCGUUUCAUUCCGCUGGCAGAGCUCAAACAGAUUCACCUAAAGCACAAAGCUUCGGGGGGCCCAUUGAAGAACAUGGCUCUUUUUACCCGAGCAAGGCUGUCAGUGCAGCCCCUAACACAAGAGGAGUUUGACUUUAUCGUAAGUCUGGAAGACGUUAAAGCGUAGGAUUGCACGCAGUGGGCGUGGCUUUAACGGAAAGUUGUUGCUCAGCAGAUCUGCCCCUAAAUCACCCCAGUGGAUCAGAGGAUUAUAUUGACAUUAUCGCUUCCAUUCCAGGUGUGAGGAAUGAAGUGUGUUUGUAUAUUUCUGGACCACGUUUCCAAUGAUGCUCAUACAAAGUUCAAAUUAAUACAGUAAUCAGUUUGCCAUCAC